GUCGACUUCGAUUUGGCCUGGAGACCCCUCGAUCCCCUUCCGAGCAUAGAGGACGCACAGCUGGGCAUCAUUCUUCCCGCCUCGCUUCCUACCAGCGGCCUGCCUCCACUCGCCACCCACUCCCUUCUCUUCAGCUGGCUCCUAUCCAAACUGGGUCGCUAUCGAACCCUGGUCCUGCCCUCACGUCCCACUGCCCUAGACCUCUCCUCUCUGUCAGCCCUAAUCGCUGUUGGCAUGCCUCUGCCCGCUCUUGAGGCCCUGCGUCUGCCCACACUGAAUGUGUGUACUGUCAGCGCAGGCACACUGCAAGACGAGGAUGACGACAAACCGGAGCCGAGUUCCGGCCGGGUGCAUGUCCUCUGCCUCGCCCUGCCCACCUGUCAUGCUACACUCGCCUAU